AGAAAUCGGCCGUCCGCCCAGAAACAAUGGCGCUUCUGAGGCUCAGCUCCGGCGACGUUACCGGAUUCAAGGUUUUUUUCGCUCUCCUUAUUCUGUACGGAUUGAUAUCUUACGCCGCACACUCCGCUAUUCACAUGAAGUUCGUCAAGCCUCUCGGCGCCGACGCACCACCGGAUCGCUUCUCGGAAACCAGAGCAAUUCAGCACGUGCGCGUACUGGCGGAGGAAAUAGGCGGUCGCCAGGAAGGGAGUCCAGGUUUGAAGCAGGCAGCGGCAUACAUCAAAACACAGUUAGAACUGAUAAGAGAACGAGCUGGAACAAAUAUUAGGAUUGAGAUAGAAGAAACAGUUGUUAACGGCUCAUUCAAUAUGCUAUUUCUAGGACAGAGCUUAUCUCUAACUUAUAGAAAUCAUACAAAUAUCCUUAUGAGGAUUUCAUCAGUUGAUUCUCAAGACAGUGACCCCUCAGUUUUAUUAAACGGUCAUUUUGAUACCCCACCAGGUUCUCCAGGAGCUGGUGAUUGUGGCUCGUGUGUUGCAUCAUUGCUUGAAUUAGCAAGGGUUACUGUGGAUUCAGGCUGGAUUCCUCCUCGGCCAAUAAUAUUCUUAUUUAACGGAGCUGAGGAAUUAUUUAUGCUGGGUUCACAUGGUUUUAUGACAACACAUAGAUGGCGUAACACAGUCGGAGCUUUCAUUGAUAUUGAGGCAUCUGGGACAGGAGGCUUUGAUUUGGUGUGCCAAUCUGGACCGGGAUCUUGGCCUUCAUCUGUUUAUGCUCAGUCAGCUGUAUAUCCUAUGGCAAAUAGUGCUGCUCAGGACAUUUUUGGUGCAAUUCCCGGUGAUACUGACUACAGAAUGUUUGCAAAGGAUUAUGGCGACAUUCCCGGCUUGGAUAUUAUCUUUUUGCUUGGGGGUUAUUUUUACCACACCUCGUCUGAUACAGUGGAUAGACUAUUACCUGGAAGCAUGCAAGCACGUGGUGAUAAUUUGUUUAGUGUAAUGAAAGCUUUUGCAAAUUCUUCAAAGUUAUUAACUGCCCAAGAACGAGAGUCCUUUAGAGCUGCAGGCGGUGGAUCCAAAGGCGAAAGACCAGUUUUCUUUGAUUACUUUGCGCAGUUCAUGGUCUUUUACUCAAGAAAGCAAGCUCUGGUAUUCCACAGUAUUCCACUUGCUAUCUUCCUCCUUAUGCCAGUUUUGUUGCGCUUGCCAAACGGGAGUUUACUCCGUUCCUUCAGAUCCUACUGCGACUUUUUUAAAGGAUUGUUGUUCCAUGCCAGCGGGAUUAUACUCGCUAUUCUUUUUCCAGUAACCUUUUCUAUCUUGCGGUUGAUAUUUGCUAGACAAUCGAUGAAUUGGUUUGCUAAUCCAUAUUUGGCUUUUCUACUGUUUGUACCAUGCUCCUUAGUUGGUCUGUUGGUUCCAAGAUUUUUUUGGAGACAAUUUCCUCUCUCUCAGGAUGUUAACACUCUUGCAUUAUCAAGAGAGGAAUUGGCUGAUGAAGCAAGGUUUUGGGGAGCAUUUGGGUUCUACUCCCUCUUGACUAUGGCGUACCUUGUGUCUGGAUUGAGUGGAGGUUUCGUUACAUUUCUUCUAUCAGCUUUUAUGCUUCCCGCGUGGAUCUGCUUUUAUCUAUCAACUAAGUUCUUUGGUCACCAAUCUCUCAGGUCAACAGCAUGUUAUGUGAUCCCUUUAGUACCUUGCCUAACGUACUCCGUAUACUUUGGUGGAUUUCUUGCUGUGUUCUUGAUCGAGAAAAUGGGCAUGACAGGCUCUCAUCCACCUCCAUAUGGGUAUUUUGUUCCGGAUGCAAUAGUUGCAGCUGUUGUUGGAUUAGUGACAGGCUGGUGUUUCGGUCCUCUUUUACCUGUUGUCGGGAAAUGGUUGACAAAAUCAUCAAUUGUGCUAUUUUUGCUGCAUGGAAGUGUUCUUGCUUUGGCUGUAUCUUCACAAUUAUUUCCAUACAGCAAAGAUGCACCUAAAAGGAUUGUUUUCCAGCAUACAGUUCAGACUAGAGAUUCAAAUCAAAUAUUGGAUGCUAGUUUUGAUUUUGCUGUAGUUGACUCCAAUUCCCUGAUGUUUGUUUUCGAACAUGCCCCUGAGGUGGCGAAGGAACUGCAUGGCAAUCGUGAGUUGAGUUUUGAUACCGUUAAACAGUCAGAUUUAGAGACAUGGAAGGGUAUUUUUCCAAUAUCUGCUUUGUUCUCAAGAAGCUUGAAGUUUCCCGCAAAAACUGAGGAAAUUUCGAAGCUGUACAGAUAUUUCCCGCAUACAACUGCCAGAUCCCCAGUAAUAACUGAUGGAGGAUCUCGAAGAGUCAACCUGGAAUUUUCAACGGGGUCUUUAAAGGAGGUGUGGGUUGCAGUCCUUAACAUUACAGGUCCAUUGUCAAAUUGGUCAUUUGCAAAUAACACCAUUCCAGCUCCGGUAAGAGUUGGUAACCGUCCACCGUCAUACAUAUGUAGGCUGAGUGGUUCAAGCCAUGACAACUGGACUUUCUGGUUAGAGGCCAGCAGUUCGGAACCAUUGAGAGUCGAUAUUGCUGUAGUAGACUUAUAUUUAACAGAAUCGACGAAGAAGUUGAAAGGCCUUUUUCCGAGUUGGAUGGACGUCACUACCUUCACAAGUUUCAUGUCUUCCUAUGUCUUCUGAUUUGCAUUUGGCCUCUCUUUUUUUUUUUUUUUCAUCUCAAGUGUGCUACGAACAAUUUUGAGGAUUAUUUGUUAGCACGUUUAAGAUUUAUCUGGAAAACAAAUUAAUAUAUUAUGACUGGAAAAAAAAUGACAUUAUCUCUCAAA